UGCCAUGUGUUCAUGAUCAAUAUGUUGAUGGUAGUUUUCCUUGUUCUGGAAUUUUGAUAAGAGUAAUGACAAUCUCAAGCAUUUGCAGGCACAAAAACUCGUCAGUUUAUGUGGCUGGGAACCACGUGCACUGCCUUACGUUGUUGACUGCAAGGACAGAUCUACACAGCUUGUUAAGGAUUCGGAUGUCAGGGAUUCAUACCAUAUGGUCAUUAAUGGGCAGAAUCCAAGUAUCCGAUUCCAUUAUGUUGCUUCUGAGCAAAGUGUGGAGGCAAAUGAACAAUCUGGCUCUUGUAGUGGGCGACAUGCUGAUCCUAAUGCUGUUGUUUUAGAUUGCAAGCUCUGUGGGGCAAGUGUGGGAUUACGGAAUUUUUCUAUGGUUCCACAGCCAUUAGAGUUGUUUAGAUUGGUCGGAUAUACUGAAGUCAUAGUGACAGUAAUUCAGGACAAGUUUCAGCUAACGAAAAUCAUGCGGGCAGCAGGGGAGUCAUUGGAGACUCUGCCUCAAAUGGUGCUUUGUCUUCCAUGCAUAGACCAUCAGAUUUAAGUGUGACGAUUGUUGGGGGUCCACUCCCCACAAAACAGAACUUCAAAGCAACAAUCUCAUUGCCUGUUAUUGGCCCGAAUUUAAGGGCCAGGCUUUCUUAUGAUUCUGAUUUUAGGGAUCGUAUAUGUGAUAACCAAGAAAUUACUCGAUCUGAAUCUGAAAACAAUAAUCUAACUUCAGAAGAAAGGGAAUCUGCAGAACAGAAUUUUGGUGAAGUCAGCAUGAAGCUGUGGGUCUGUUGAAGAGCAAUAAUCAUGAUCAGGGCAGGGGCAGUGUAGUUAUGCAAGAGGCAACCAAUCUUCUUGUUUGAACUUUGAAAGUAGUGAAGGUGUUGCAUUUAUAAAAGAGAGUAACUCCCAGAUUUCUUCAGAAAGGACAGAUAUCACUAGAGAACCAACUUUUCCUGAAACUGCUGGGCAUGAUUCUGCGUGCAAUGUUCGACACAGAGUCCAAGAAACACAGUGCAUGGUUAAGAUACUAUUGAAAAUAAUAUUGAAUUGCUUGGUUCGGUUGUGGGGGCUUUACGAGGUAAUCAAGUUAGCACAUCUCAAGUUUCUUGGUCAUAUGCUAUUGUCCCUGUUGGAAAUGGAAAGAGAAGUGAAAGCAACUCCUCAGAGAUGAUUAUUUCAUCUAUCAAUCAUGAUGGACAACAAAUUCCAGGAGCAGAUAUCUCAGGCAGUAAAAAUGUUGCCUGUCAGAUAGAUAUGAGGAAAAGUCAAACUUGUUCUGAUAUCCAAAACACUAUAGGUGCUCAAGAAAAAGGCCACGGCACCACAGGUGGAGUGCAGGUUCCAGUGAACAGUGAAGUUGUGGCCUACAGUACAGGAAAGGAUCCUAAGCAACUGGCAUUAGACAAAACAUUGGGAUUUAAUCCAAACAGGCAGCGUAGACAUUUUUGCACCUGGAUUGUAUCAACAAGCAGCGGGCCACCUGGUUGGCAACAAACACUAUCUGCUUUAGAGCGUCAGAAAGAGUUCUCUCUUCCUUCUACAAAUUCUCCUCCAUCUUCCUCCCUGAUCAAGGUAAUGAGAGACCUUACAUCCCUUUUGGUGACGCACUAUGGUGCUAACUAUGUUUAAUGACCUCUCAGAGUCUUUUUCAAACUUUUGUGCCAUCCACCAAAUCAGUGAUAUCUUUUUUAAUUAAAAUUAACAUCAUCAUAAAGGCAAUGUCAGGUUUUAGACAAUUGAAAUCAACUAGAGUGGUGUGUGAGAUACUGGUAAAUACUUGAGGAAUAUUGAUGUUUGUAAUGAAGACUACAUAUGGAGGGAAGUGAUGAUUCUGUCUCGGUCCCUCCAUCUUGUAGAUGUUGCCAGAAUCAAUGACACUAAUAUCUGGGGUUUGUUUUGGUUGAACAGCCUUGUUCUGUAAUUUUUAUCUUUGAUGGAUGAUUGCUCAAAAUUUGUUAUUUAAAAGGUGGAUGAUCCCAUUGCUUCAGUUAGAAAGCUUUUCAUGCCUACUAGUGGAUCAAGCUGAAGCAGCUGGUUCAGCUGAUUAGUUUUGCAGGGUGUGGAAGUGCUUUCAGAGAUAUUAUGAGAUUGUAGUGAGGAAUAGCAAUAGAAUUUUUUUCUCACAAAAUUUGUGAUCCCGUCAUUUAAAAAUAAAUCAACAGAAAAAGGGAUGCAACUAACAUUUGGUGUUACUCCAUGCCGCAAUUAGUGACCACCACUUUAGAAUACGGUCGGUUAAAGCCUCUUUCUGCAACCACAGCUCUCUUGUCCCCUAUCAGCUUUGCAACUCUG